UAAAAACCGAAAGCAUUAUCUCAUCUUCAUUCCAGCUCGAUUGAUCGUUCUAGUAACAACGUUAGUGUUUGAAAAAAGACAAUGCGCGCCAUAGUGUUAUUCUCCGCCUGUCUGGCGAUCGCGUCCGCCGACAUUGGCCUGAAGUUACGUCAGGCUGCCGCCGCCAGUGGUGCCGGUGUGUCGAGCUAUGAUGUCGGUCAGGGUUCCGUUUCGGUAGACUACUCGCCCGCUAGCUUUGAUCAAACUGUGGUUGGCAGUGGUGGCAGCAGCGGUGCCGAAUUCCGCUCGUCUGGAUUCUCUGGAGCUAUUUCUGGUGCUAGCGCUGGUGCUAGCGCUGGUGCUGCUGCUUCCGGUGGUGCUCAGUACGAUGCAGGAUUCCAGGCUGGACUUGCCGCUGGACGUGCUGCCCUCGCCUCGUCCAAUGCCGGUGCUUCGUCGUUCUCUGGCUCUGCUUCUCGCCUCGGAGGUGCCGCUUCUGGAGGUUCUUCCUUCGGUGGAGCUUCUUCCUUCGGUGGAGCUUCUUCCUUCGGUGGAGCUUCUUCCUUCGGUGGAGCUUCUUCCUUCGGCGGUGCCGCUGCCGGUGGUUUCAGUGGAGCUUCUGCCAGUGCUCAGGCUAAGGCCGGAGCCGGUGUCCGUUACAUCACCAAGCCAGAGAUUGUCAAGAAGCACUUCUACUACCACGUUGCCCCAGAAGCCGAAGCUGAAGCCGAAGCCGAAGCCCGUGUCGAAAUCCAACCCCAGACCCACUACAAGGUUCUGUUCAUCAAGGCCCCGAGUGCAUCCGCUAGUGCCGCUGCCCGUGCCGCCGCUCGUACCCGUACCCAGGAGAAGACCAUUGUCUACGUUCUGGUUAACAAGCCAGAAGCCGGAGCCAAUUCCGCCGCCGAUGCCGCCGUCGAUACCUACAACAGUGCCAAGCCGGAAGUCUAUUUCAUUAAAUACCAGGGCAAGAACGGAGCUAAGGCUGGUGCUUUUAGCGGUGCUACUGCUGGUGCUGGUGGUGCUGCUUCUAAUACCUUCGGUGGACCUUCGUCCGGUGCCUUCGGUGGAGCCUCGUCCGGUGCCUUCGGUGGUGCUUCUUCGGAUGCCUUCGGUGGAGCCUCGUCCGGUGCCUUCGGUGGUGCUUCUUCGGAUGCCUUCGGUGGAGCCUCGUCCAGUGCCUUCGGUGGAGCCUCGUCCGGUGCCUUCGGUGGUGCUUCUUCGGAUGCCUUCGGUGGAGCCUCGUCCGGUGCCUUCGGUGGUGCUUCUUCGGAUGCCUUCAGCGGUGCCUCGGGUGGAUCUUCGUUUGACUUCAGCAACGGUGGAACUACUUUCGAUGGUACCCCAACUUUCCUCUCUGGCGCUGAUGCUUCUGCUUCGAGUGGUGCCUACAAUGUGAGAUCCGGUGCCGUCGACGCCAUCUCGUCGGGCGAUGCUGGAUACACUGCUGGAUACACGGCCGGAGCUGCCGCUGCUGGAGCUGCUUCCGUCACCGGAUCGACUGCCGCUUUCGAUAGUUCCGCUUUCGGAGGAAGCACCACCGCCAGCUCGCUCAACUUCUAAACACCUGAACGCCUUAAUGAUUAUCGGUUAUUAACCCUUGGUUACGGAAACGAUCGUGGAAGAAUGGCGAAAUACCUCUUAGGGACGAAUAAAAUAGGUUUAUUUUCCUUUAGGAUGAGAUUCCGCGACGACAGUCAGACAGAGAGCGGGAACGAGAGAGCGAGAACGAAUGUGAGCUAGCGAAAGAGAGAAAGAGAGAUGAAAAUCAUGUUCCAAAUACGACUGCCAUAAUAGGUGUAUGAUAGCAAGAAGCAAGAAACGAGAAAAAGAAGCCAACUUUGUACCAUAAGAAGAUUUGUGAGAUUAUGAAAAUGAACUGCGAAAAAUAUACUUAAAUAAAAUAAA